AUGCUAGGUGACUUUCGCUUGAUCACGGUGCUCUGGGAGAGCAACGUCGUGAAGUUCCGGUACGCAUCGAUCGCACAGAGGGCGCUGGCGUCGAGCCAUGCCAUGAGGACUGCGUUGGCGAGCGCUAUUGGACCCGGCCACAACUACCAUGUUGCAGCCGACGAGGAAUUCGCCGCUGGCCAAGGUAUAGUGCACCGUUCUGACGAGCUCUGGUAUCCACCUAUGCUCCACUGGCACCGGUGA